AUUUGCGCGUGCGUAUUUGCAGAGCGGAAAGUGUUUUUGCGUGGACAGGAAACUGUUACGUCCUUUCUGAAGCGGACAGCCAUCAUGGUGUUCAAACGCUACGUCGAGAUUGGUCGCGUUGUCUACCUUUCUUUUGGACCCCACGCAGGCAGUUUGGUGGCCAUUGUCGAUGUCAUCGACCAAAACAGAGCCCUGGUAGAUGGUCCUUGCACAGGGGUGAAGAGGCAAGCAAUGCCCUUCAAAUGCAUGCAGCUCACUGACUACGUCAUCAAAGUUCCUCACAGUGCUCGCCAGAAGUUUGUGCGACGUGCCUGGGAGAAGGCCCAAGUCAGUGAGAAGUGGAAGGAAAGCAACUGGGCCAAGAAAAUCGAGGCCAGACAAAAGAGGGCUAACAUGUCCGACUUUGACCGCUACAAGGUGAUGAAGGCCAAGAAGAUGAGGAACAAGAUCAUCAAGCACGAGGUGAAGAAGCUGCAGAAAGAAGCAGCAAAGAAGGCGUGAUCUUUUUAAUAAAUCCUCUGGUUGAAUUGUC